UCCUGCUCUGCUCUCUUACUGAACUAUUGCUCGCCUACCGGUUUAGUUGUGAGGGAACCUUCAAACCCACCAGUCAUGUGUGGUAGAAUAUCCGCGGGCGUUCUUUUCCUUCUCCUACUACAAGCUCAAAAAUUUACAUACGCUGUUGCUAGUUCAGACCAUAUAAAAAGUGCUGAAUACACAAGAAGUAGAAGAGAAACACCUUCCGGCGGAUGUCAGCUACCACAACAUCCGCAGAACGGGGUGUACACCUCACCCCAAUGCCUGUCCGGAGAUGAUAGACCCGAGUGUCGCAACCUGCCCGGGACAACUGUACCCAACAACUGGCUUCUCAAGUACUAUUGCAGUCCUAACUAUAGUCUAAGCUCUGAAGUGGAGUUUUCUAUCUGCAACAACGGCACUUGGCAGAACCCAUUGCAUUGUCUCCGCAAUUCAGUCAGCACCACGAACUGUGGUUCAUCAAACUCGACAACUCACCAGGGGCAGUACCCCUGGGUGGCUGGGAUCUACUACAAGACAGAUUGCUGUGAAGUGAAGUGUGGAGGAACUCUCAUCUCUCCACAUAUUGUGGUCACAGCUGCCCACUGUGUUGUGAAUGAAACCAAUGGCAAUGUUAUCGCACUGGACAGUAUCAAGGUUGGAAUUGGAAAAUACUACAGUGAAUAUUUCAACCAGGAAGCCUCGUCCGUGAUCUCUGAGGUGCGAGAGAUCGUGGUUCCCAAGUUCUACGCAGGACGAGCCGCAUACUAUGCUCUGGACAUCGCCAUUCUGGACCUGACCAAGAGAGUUCCGGUCACGUCCUCCUUCAUGCCCGCCUGUGUACAUUGGAAUACGCCCAAUGGAAAUUUCUUCGGAUCCACUGGACUUGUUGCUGGAUGGAGAACUACAAUAAAUGAAACAGAGGUUAAUACACUAAUAACUGAAGAACUGACACCGAUUGACAAUGCAGUCUGUAUCAAUAAAGUUCGUCAUGCGUUCCAAAAACUUGUGACACAUGACAAGUUUUGUGCUGAAAGUAAAAACGAUGGGGAGAUGAGAAGGGUGUACGGCGGCUCUGGAAUGACACACUUGGAAAAUGGACGACACUUUUUGAUAGGGGUGGUAAGCGUAAAAGUCGUUGAAGAAACAAAUUUGUCAUUUUUCACUGACAUCCAAAACUUGGAACAUCUUGCUUGGCUGGAGGACCAGAAAGCUCGCUUGGAGCAGCUGCACAAAUAAGCUUAGAGUAACUCUCUGUAUUUAAAUAAUUUAAUAAAUGUAUUUUUAUACCUA